AUGACAAAGGCAUUCGCUGAGUCUCGUCCAAAUGACAUAUGGACGCACUUUCCGUCAUUCAUAGGAGGUGCCAAUCAAACGACCACUGCUUUGCAGCGUCUACAUCAAUUUAGAGGGCACUGGCGUUCGAUAGCCUUGGAAAUUCGCUCACUUAAGCAACCCACCCAUACGGCAGUGACCGGCGCAGCUGAGUUUGCAGGUACUGGCCUUUAUAAUUCUCUGCAAAGUCAGUGCUUGACCGCCUCUGGCUCUCCUCCACCUUCCAAGUGGUUUGUGCCAAAAAAGCCACUCGAGAAGUCGGUCGACUUUGCAUACGCAACACGUGGCCAAGCCAGCACAACUUAUGCAUUAAGGAUUAUCUACGGCCCAGGAGCAACAGAAGAAAUCAUUAAAAUGUGUCCAAAUGUCGUUUUCCCUUGCAGGCUUUUUAAGGAUAAAGCCGUUUUAGAUCAAGUGCCCUCCGUUUUCUGCCUUCUCGGUGGCUGUUUGUUAGUUAUUCAGCUGAUUAAAUUUCUACUGCUAACGCGGCGUCCAGCGAAUCUUGGGCUCAAGUGGAACAAGGACUGCUUGCGGAUAAUGCAAGCCAAGAGUCAUGCAGAAAUACAUCGCCAAAUGCUUCGCCUGAACAUUCAAAAACGUCCAGAUGAAAUCAAUUAUUCCCUGGUUGAAAUGUUGGAACGCUUGGACUUCUAUCUACUAUGGCUUGUAUUCUUUAUCGGAGUCAUUUCGGUAGCAGCUGUCACGGAUACACAUAAGCAUUUUGGUCAAAAAUACAUAUCAGAUGACCGUUUCAUACAUUUGGUCAUGGUAAUAUCACUAAUACUGAACUCCCUCGGACGAAUCCUAUGGGGAAUGCUAGUGGACAAAUUGUCAUUCAAGGUAACCAGUUUUUUGUUUUGUUUCCUGUUUGUUUGUUUUAUAUUGUGGAUGCCUCAAUAUCAGCUGAAUGGAUUACGAUUGAGUUGGCCCUUUCUUCAUUUUUGGCGAAUAAGAGUAGGAACCAUGGCAACGCUCCAUUCAGCUGAAGCUGUUGGGCUUGGGCAACCUGACAGUAUGACAGCCCUCGUGCCUCCUUCGUGUGGCAUGGCAGCUAGGCAUCGAAAGGGUGCUACAGCUGAACGACUCUCUUCACAGUAA